AUGUCGUUCUUUGAUGGAAUUCCAGUUGCUCCACCAAUCGAGGUGUUCCACAAAAAUCAAUUGUAUUUGAAUGAAAAGAAAGACAACAAGGUCAACUUGACUAUUGGAGGUAAGUUUUCAAAAACAUUGCAAAGCUGAAAACAAUUCAUUUUCAGCUUACCGAACUGAGGAAGGAAAACCAUGGGUUUUGCCAGUUGUUCAUAACACUGAAGUCGAAAUCGCCAAUGACACCACAUUGAAUCAUGAAUAUUUGCCAGUUUUGGGACACGAAGGUUUCCGCAAGGCUGCCACUGCUCUUGUUCUUGGUGAAGAUUCAGUAGCUAUCAAGGAAGACAGAGUGAGUAAGAGAAACAUAUUUUCAAAAAUUUCGUAAAAUACAAAUCAGAAAAACACAAUGUGCGCUAACAAAAACACGUCAGCCUUUUGAAUUUGACGCGUUUUUUGUGAAAGGCGGUGACUUCUAAACGGAAUUUUCAGGCUUUUGGAAUUCAAUGUUUGUCUGGAACUGGUGCUCUUCGUGCUGGAGCCGAAUUUUUGGCCAGAGUUGCUGGAUUCAAAGAUGUCUAUGUCAGCAAUCCAACUUGGUGAGUAUUUGGAAAUUGAAAAUUGUUGAAUUUGUUAUUUAUAAUUUCGAAUAUUUCCAGGGGAAACCACAAACUUGUCUUCAAAAACGCUGGAUUCACCGGUCUCCAUGAUUACACCUACUGGGACUAUCAAAACAAAAGAGUUCACAUCGAGCAAUUGAUCACUGAUUUGGAAAACGCUGCUGACCGUUCAGUUAUCAUCCUCCACGGAUGUGCUCACAAUCCAACUGGAAUGGACCCAACACAAGAACAAUGGAAACGUAUUGCUGAAGUUAUCAAACGUCGCAAUCUCUUCACUUUCUUCGAUAUCGCUUAUCAAGGAUUCGCUUCAGGAGAUCCAGCAGCAGAUGCUUGGGCCAUCAGAUAUUUUGUUGAUCAAGGUCUUGAGAUGGUUGUUUCACAAUCUUUCGCCAAGAAUUUCGGACUUUACAGUGAGUUUUCUCCCCAAUCAUAGAGCAUUCAAAACUGAACACAAAAUACUUCAGACGAACGUGUUGGAAAUCUCACAGUCGUCGUCAACAACAAAAAUGUCUCUGCUGGUUUCCAAUCUCAAAUGUCACUUGUUAUCCGUGCUAACUGGUCAAAUCCACCAGCACAUGGAGCUCGAAUCGUCCACAAAGUUCUCACCACUCCAGCUCUUCAUCAACAAUGGAAUGAGUCUAUUCAAGCAAUGUCGAGCAGAAUCAAGCAAAUGAGAGCUGCACUUCGCACACAUUUGGAGCAAUUGCAAACACCGGGAACUUGGGAGCAUAUUACUCAACAAAUUGGAAUGUUCAGUUAUACUGGUUUGACUGGUGAGUUGAAUUUUGAGAUUAAAAAAAAUGGUUUAGAAUAUUUUAUAUUUUCAAGAAAGGUGUUUGAUUUAUUGAAAUAUUUUCAGAAAAUAAUCAAAAAUGAAUUUUUAUUGUUCAAAAUGUUUCACGUAAAAACCCCAAAAUAUGUGAAAAUAAAAUAAUUUUGCAGCCGCCCAAGUCGAUCAUCUCAUCGCUGAACACCAAGUCUUCUUGUUGUCUGAUGGUCGCAUCAACAUUUGCGGACUCAACACCAAAAACGUCGAAUAUGUCGCCAAAGCCAUUGACGCCACUGUUCGCACCGUCAAAAGCAACAUCUAA